GUUGGGUAGAAACCUGUACGUUGUCUGCUGCUGGCCACCGUCCUACCUGCGCAGCUGCUCUGAAACAAGUGGGCCUGCUCUUUAAUAACAUUUCCACCAUGGCGACAACAGCUUUAAGAUCAGUGCUCAGGACAAAGGUCCCACUCAAAGUUGGCCGCAUGUGCUACUCUUCCUCAGUGCCCACCACCAAGCUGUUCAUCGAUGGGAAGUUUGUUGAAUCCAAGACUUCAGAAUGGCUGGAUAUUCACAAUCCUGCUACCAACGAGGUGAUCUCCCGUGUACCCAAAGCCACCCAGGAAGAGAUGUUAGCUGCUGUGGACUCGUGCUCCAGAGCCUUUCACUCCUGGUCCGAGACCUCCAUAUUAACUCGGCAGCAGAUUUUCCUGCGCUAUCAGCAGCUUAUCAAGGACAACAUUAAAGAACUUGCCAAGGCCAUCACAGUGGAGCAGGGCAAGACCCUUGCAGAUGCAGAGGGGGAUGUGUUCAGAGGAUUGCAGGUUGUGGAGCACGCCUGCAGCAUCACUUCUCUGAUGCUUGGUGAAACCCUGCCCUCCAUCACAAAGGACAUGGACACCUACACCUACCGCCUGCCCGUCGGGGUGUGUGCUGGCAUCGCUCCCUUCAACUUUCCUGCCAUGAUCCCACUGUGGAUGUUUCCUAUGGGCAUGGUGUGCGGCAACACCUACCUGUUGAAGCCUUCAGAGCGGGUGCCAACGUGCGCUAUGCUUCUGGCAAAAAUGCUGCAAGAUGCCGGCGCUCCAGAUGGGACACUCAACGUCAUCCACGGCCAACACGCUGCUGUGAAUUUCAUCUGUGACCAUCCGGCCAUCAGAGCAAUCAGCUUUGUUGGCUCAAAUCAAGCUGGGGAGUAUAUUUACGAGAGAGGAUCUAAAAAUGGCAAGAGAGUCCAGUCCAACAUGGGAGCCAAGAACCAUGGUGUGGUGAUGCCUGAUGCCAACAAGGAGAACACUCUGAACCAGCUUGUGGGUGCUGCGUUCGGGGCUGCAGGACAGCGCUGCAUGGCUCUAUCCACAGCCAUCCUGGUGGGUGAGGCAAGGAGCUGGCUGCCGGAGCUGGUGGAGCGAUCCAAGGCUCUGCGCGUGAACGCAGGAGACCAGCCUGGUGCAGAUGUGGGGCCUCUGAUCUCACCUCAGGCCAAGGAGAGAGUCUGCAGUCUGAUCCAGAGUGGUGUGGACGAGGGAGCUAAGCUGCUCCUGGAUGGCCGAAAAGUCAAUGUCAAGGGUUACGAGAGAGGCAACUUUGUGGGUCCCACCAUCAUCAGCAGUGUCACACCUAAGAUGAAGUGCUACACUGAAGAAAUCUUCGGGCCUGUGCUGGUCGUUCUCGAGGCAGACUCUCUGGAUGAUGCCAUCAAUUUGGUCAACAGCAACCCCUAUGGCAACGGCACAGCUAUCUUCACCACAAAUGGCGCCACUGCACGCAAAUACACGCACGAGGUGGAUGUGGGCCAGGUUGGUGUCAACGUUCCCAUUCCUGUUCCACUGCCUAUGUUCUCCUUCACUGGAUCACGAGGAUCCUUCAGAGGAGACAUGAACUUCUAUGGAAAACAAGGUAUCCAGUUCUACACACAGAUCAAAACUGUAACUUCACAAUGGAAAGCUGAAGAUGCCACACUGAAAAGUCCUGCAGUUACAAUGCCUACUAUGGGACGCUAAAUACUCCAUCCAAGUGCUGCUGUUCAGUCAGAUAAAUCAGAACACCCAGACCCUCCAUCCACAUUGAAAACUAUGUAAUAAUGUUCCCCAUUUUUAAAGACUUUAUAUUAGAUGUAUGUAUAGAUAAUCUGUAAAUGUAAACCACUGUGGCCAAGACUUGAACUAUGCAAAGGAUCUGUGCAGGUGAGGCAAUGUUAUUGGGUCAAUGUCAUUUCUUCAAAUACACCCAUAUUAAAACAA